CCUAAAUGUCAUUUCCUGUCGAAGAGUCUCGAGCUGUCUGCGCGACUGCUGCUACUGCACGAGAGUCCUGAGCGAAAAGUGCGCGAGCUGAAAACACCGAGGAGUGACCGCAACAACUUUCAUCAUAACUGGAAAUAAGAAAGGGAAUUUAAGGGAUUAACUUUUAAUAACAGUUAAUAUUCGUUUUUUUUAUUAUUAUUCAUAUAGUUUGCUGAGUAUUUGGGCGGCUUUUAGAGUCUUUGAAGCCGAAAAUAAAUCUCUUCAUUUAUUCGUCGCUGGAGAAAAGUGUUGUGGUAAAUUAAUAAAUGAGGAACAGCCGAUGUCAACAUUAAUGCGAAUAACAAAACAAAAAUCAACAACAAAUACAUGAAGAGAGACAUACAUGAAGAGAAAGAAAAAACUUCCCCGCCGAACCGUACAGCUCUAAGUUAGUUAGUUUGUUUUGCGCGAGGACUUCAAGAUGUAUCACUGAAACAACGCUUAUACAGAGGGUAAUUUCUAGUCACCUGGCACCUGGCUCUAAAACAGAUGUCCGAGGAAGAGCACUGCCGCAGUGCCAGCCCGCCCAAACCUCAGGAUGGAGUCCAACCAGACAGCUGGCCCCUGGAAGCCCUCCACACCCCAUCCCCAGAAGGAGAUGAAUCUGGUGAGCAGACAGUACCGAAUUCAAACACACCACCAAUGGAAAAGACGAUGGAGAAUGGCAACAACAACAACAGCCUGACCCAGCCGGACCUCACCAGCACUCCUGGCAAAAGCAUAACAUAUCAACCCCAGGCACGGUCUACACCCAUACACCCCUCGCUAGCAAGCUCAGCUGAAUCAGCAACGCUACUAAGGAGUGACAGCAAGUCUCACAGUAACUGUGUUAGGAACGGAACCUUUUCACGAGCCACCUCUUCCUCUUCAUCGUCUUCAUCUACGGCCCAUAAAAACCCCAAAAAGCUGCAGUCAAACCCAUCCAUCAAUAGUCAAAGCAGCAAGAGGAGCAAAGGUAGCUCCAAAUCCAACAGCUCCCAGAUCCCCACAGAGGCCAGGGAUGAUUGCUGUGUCCACUGCAUCCUGGCCUGUCUGUUCUGUGAGUUUCUCACACUGUGUAACAUCAUGAUGGACUGCGCCACAUGUGGGUCCUGCGCAUCAGGCGACUCGUGUUUCUGCUGCUGCUGCGCUUCAGAGGAAUGUGGUGACUGUGACCUGCCCUGUGACAUGGACUGCGGCAUCAUCGAUGCAUGCUGCGAGUCUGCAGAUUGUCUUGAGAUCUGCAUGGAAUGCUGCGGGCUGUGCUUUACCUCCUGAGACUCCUGUAGGGGGCGCUGCCCCUCUCACUGAUUUGGGACCCUAGAAGAAGCAAGCGAAGGAUGAGCAGACCAGAGCCAAAGGCAAUCGUAAGACUUGUCAUUGGGCUUGCAAGUCACCACACCAGAGUGGAAGAUAGUUGUGAUUACAUUCCAGUAGCUUUCAUAUGAACUGUCUUGUUGAGAGCAGGCUUGCAGUAGUUACCCUAGUGGGGUUAUCAAGCAACAUAUUAGAAAGAGUCUUUCUACUCAUUCUGGACUUAGUUUCUGGAUUCUACUUAUAAUAUGUUAUGUAUUGAGUCUACUUUAGCAUGGUGAUGAAUGCAACUGCCAAUACACCCACACGACUUGUGAAAUUGGCUCUAUAUUUGUGGGUCCAAAAACUAAGAACCAGUGGUUCAGGCUAGUUUCAAUAUUAAAAUGUCUGUGUUUGUUAUUUGUUUUAAAGUGCCAAGCUUUUUGAUAAAAUGCAAAAUAGCCACAUUCAUCCAGUGGUUUUUUGAAUUCCACAAAUAUGCACACCAUAAAAUUGCCUGAAUUAAACCCAGAUGCACUGAAAACAAUGUUGUCUCUAAAAAACAUUCCAACAUUGAGUUCUCCAGGAAAAUGUAUCCAAAGAUCACUUUAAAAAAAAUGCUCGCUAAUAUUGCACACGUUCUUUAGCAUCAAUCCCAAAUAUCACCUCUCAAUAUGCACACUUACUGUAGUACACUGGUGAAGUCCUCUAGCCACAGUGAUCAGGACUACAAAAACCAUAAAAACUGUGAGUGUGGGACACAUAGAUAUAUGCGAGUGGGAGAAAAGUGUGUAUUUAAUAUAUGGUGUCACACUACAGUUGUAUAAUAGAUUGUACUUAAAGGUGUGAAGUUAGAGUUUUGUCAUUGUCUACAUUUAGUCCUGUGAUGUUCUCUCUCAUUCUUUUUGUGUUUCUCUAACAUCACUUCAUCAAUCAGUCAUUACUUUAGUUUUUUUUUAAUAUAAAUAUUUCUUACAUGCUGGAACAUUAUACUGUAAGCGGUUGUGAAUUGCUCCCAUAUUUAUGUGUUUUUAUUUUUCCAAUGUGAAAUCUGUUUUGUAAUUCAGACACAAUUUUGUGUGAAUCUAAAUGUUAGUUUACAUAUCUACUUAUUGUCUUUUCAUGUAGUAACUGAUUAAUUAGUGUUAGAAGUGUUCUUUUCAGACAAAAGAGUUUCCUUAGUCUAAUCAAUUACGCUCUUUGCAAAACUAGUAUUAGGUAAAUAAUCUUAGAGAAAGAUGGUGAAAACCAAUGCAUUGAUUUGCAUUGUUUAGGUUUAAAGGAAUAUUCCAGGUUCAAUAUCAGUAAAACACAGUCAAAAACAUUGGUGGCAUAAUGUCAAUUACCACCAAAACAAGUUAAUUUUAUAUAUAUAUAUAUAUAUAUAUAUAUUCUUUAAAAAUGAUAGAUUGAGGCACUAUGAGAAAGUGAAUGGGACCAAUUUAUGGAGGGUUUAAACUAAAGGCACAAAUGUGAAGUUUGGAAUUUUAUAAAAACACAAGUUGUACAAGUUGAAACGUGUAUUAUUUGAGCUUUAAAGUUGCUUAAAUUGUUUUUAUGCUUGUAGGGUUUAAGGCGUAAUGACAAUGAAGUUGUUCAAUUGAAUCUAACUUUAAACAGAAAAGUGAAUUUAUCACACUAAAUUCAUGUUAACACUUUUUGAUUAUGUCUUUUGGCUUUACUUUUGAAAGAGUGAGUAUUUUAAUGUUCACAGAUUGGCCUCCAUUCACUUCCAUUGCAAGUGUCUCAGGAGGGAACAAGUCAAAAUUUGUUUUUUUGAUAAUCAACAUUAUGCCAGAAAUGCUGUCGAUCGAUUAAAUAUGUAUUAAACCUGGAACAUUUCUUUAAGAAUGUUUCUUUAUUCUUUCUUGCCUUAAAACUGGAGAUAAAAAGCAUAUAUUUUAACUGGACCAAAGUAGGAUGAGUGUAAAACACCCAACGUGUGCCAAUGGAAUAAAGAAACAAGGA